AUGAGCUACAAUCCAUAUCAGAAUCAAUAUAUACCACCUCCUAUUCCAACAACUGGUGGCUUUUAUCCCCCGCCUCCCUAUCCAGCACCUAGUGGAUACUAUCCAACACCAUAUUUUCCUGGGUCUGGUGGUUUCUGUCCACCACCACCUCCACCAGUCUUUCCUUCAGGUCCAGGUUAUCAUCAACAUGGAGAGCACUAUCACAUUGCACCUCCUCCUGUUUGGCCAUUACCUUCACAUCAUCAUCAUCACGAUUUUCAUCACCAUCAUCAUCAUGGACAUCAUUGA